AUGAAAGACUGGAUUCUUUUGUAUGCAAACUGGCCCGAGGGUGUGUUACUAUUGCUCCAAGCUGGCUAUAAGGCGCACGAGUAUGAGCUUUACGCAGCCCUCGACUUCGAUUGCGAAAGCAGUGUCUGCAUCCUGAUAGAAACCGGAAAUGUCAUUGUGGGAUAUGGAGAGCUCUGGGCAGCCACACGGCAUCCGAAUUCCAAAAUUGCAGACCUAAUUAUCCAAGCCUUGGUUGACCGCAGAAAGCGCCUGCAGCUUCUCGCAGAGGCACACUUGUCCGUCGAUGAAUUGUCGGAGUUGAAAAUCCGACCCGAUGUCCUCAUCGACCUUCAGACCCAACAAGUAAUUCAAAUCUUGAGAGCUAAGAACAUCGAUUUGAGCGGGGCUAUUGAACCCUAUCCAUGGUCUGUUUAUGAAGCUUUGGGCCAUAAUUACACAAUCGCGGAUCGAGUGUGGGAAGCGGGUUUUCGAGAUGUGGAUGUACCGUGUGUCCGCGGCAGGACCCUCCUCAUGACCAAGAGAUGUGAAACCGGUCUCUACUUCAAGUACAUCCUAGAAGAGGCAGCCUGGCUGUUGGGAAAAGGCGCUCAGCCGUAUCGGUUGUGUGAAAAUACGCCAGCGCUCCACUUUGUCGGGUUUGCCUGA